UCGUUUUCCUUUUUAUUCGUUUCAAAAGAAGCACUUGGUUGCGUCUCUUGUGCCCUCUGACCUCUCUAGCUCGUCUUGUUUGUCCCUCGCGCAGUUUGAAAGCUCACGAUGAGUAGGCAAGUCGCCGCUUUCGUCGCGAUUUUCCUCCUUUCAGCAGCAGUUCAGGCAGCGUCUGUGCAGAGCCGCAAUUUCCGCUACUGGCUCAACCUAUUCAGACCCAAACCCGUCCUGAUCGACCCGUACUCGGAAGUGACCUUCCAUCUCUUCACAAGGGCGAACCGGGACGUGGGGCAGCAGAUGUGGGUGGGCAACCUGAGCGGGCUGUUCGACCCUGGCAGGGCGACCAAGUUGACGGUUCACGGCUACAACGACGACGGCUUCACCUGGUGGACCGUCGAGGCCAAGCAAAACUUUCUGGACGCGGAGGACUGCAACGUGGUGUUGGUCGAUUGGUCCGGACCUGCCCAGGGCCCGCUGUACAACGUGGCCAAGGCCAACGCCCUCCCCACCGGCGAGUACCUCCGGCUCAUGUACCGAUUCCUGGCCAGCCGAGGACAAAACCUGGACAAAGUCCACUGCGUCGGACACAGUCUCGGCGCCCACGUGUGCGGCUUCAGCGGAAAAAACAGCACCGGGAAAAUUGGUCGAAUCACCGGGGUGGAUCCGGCGCAGAUUCUGUUCAGCUACGACGACCCCGCAGGUCGGCUGACCCUGACCGACGCGACCUUCGUGGACGUGAUCCACACCUGCGGCGGCUGGAUGAGUUUCGCCGACGCGAUCGGCCACGCCGACUUCUUCCCCAACGGCGGCGGAUUUCCCCAGCCCGGCUGCGGCUCAGACUUUUCUUGCGCGUGCAGCCACGCUAGGUCUGCCGACCUGUUCACCGAGUCGAUCAAGUCGGACAACUUUGUUUCUCACAAAUGCGACUCGUGGAAGAAUUACCAGAACGGCUCAUGCAGCGCCAACCAGAUCGCCCUCAUGGGCUAUCCGACGCGCGCAGACACAAGAGGAAGCUUCUUCCUGGCGACUGCAGACAAAGCGCCCUUCGCCCUCGGCUUUCCAACUUAUUUGUAAAGGAAAUUCACAAUUUUUUGAAAUGAUUAUAUUUUUUGCAAAAAAGACAAAAUAUUUGCACGAUUUU